UUUAUCCUUUUAAUCAGGCUUGUGUUGAUGUCUUCAGCCGGGAUGUAAUGCCUCACAUGAGGGGUGAGAGAGGGUGAGGAACAGGGGGAGGAGAGAAGUGGGAGGGGCCGGUGGUGCACAGAGCCGAGUUUAGCACUUUGCAACAUGAUCCGCGCACAGCAGCGAGAGGCCGGGCUCUGCGGUCCUGCCACCUGCCGCCCCAGCGCACCACAUGGAGGAGACUGAGCCCCAGUGAGCCGGGAAUGAUCAGGAAAAGAAGGUGGACCCUUUCCCUCACUAUAUGAACCCGCACAGCACCAGCGGCUCCUCACACAGAGACCAGCAGACACAGAGAUGAGGCUGACGGACACAAGUGCCGGUGCCGGUGCCUCCUACUGCGGUCUGCGUCAAAACUCUCGCUGCUCCAGGAGAUGAUGCCCUCGGUAGCUCCUGAAGGACUCCCCGGGUUUAUCACUUGCUUUUGAGCACCCUCUCUGGGAGGAGGUGGUGGUGGUUUCCAUGUUAGUAUCUCGGGGUAAACAUCCAGCAGGGUCAGUGAUGGCCACCCCGUCUCCAGCCGCGCAGUCCACCCCAGCAUCUGCAUUGUAAGGAGAAACUGGGAAGGAGGAAUAUGCACAGAUAAACAAAAAACAACAACAGGUUUUUGUUGUUGCGUCUAAACCGGACAGAGCACACAGUUUGGAUUACAGGGUUUUGUUGUUGUUUUGCCAGCAUGAACUCGUUGUAUUUCUCCGACUCUCCGCCCGGUCCCGUGUGCAACGUCCCCGCCGCAGCCGGGUCGGGCGCGGCGACCAGCGCCCUGCGUAAUGACCUGGGCUCCAACAUCCAUGUGCUCAAAACCCUCAACCUGCGAUUCCGCUGCUUCCUCGCCAAAGUCCACGAGCUGGAGAGGAGGAACAAGCUGCUGGAAGGCCAGCUCCAGCAAGCUCUGCAGAGGACGAAGUACCGGCACCUCUACUCCCGGGAGGUCGCGGUGCAGACGGACGGCCCCGAGUCGCGGCUGCCCGGAACCAUCUGGAGCUUCACCCACGUCCGGAGGCAAGGGGAGCGCUUCGAGACCCUGCACGGGCCCGGGGUGACGUGGACGCACCCGGACGGAGUUGGGGUCCAGAUAGACACCAUCACCCCAGAACUGAGGGCUCUGUACAACGUGCUGGCCAAAGUCAAGAGGGAGAGAGACGAGUACAGAAGAAGAUGGGAGGAGGAGGUGUCCAAACGGGAGCAGCUGGAGUCUACGGUGGAAUCCCUGCAGCAGAGUGCCCGGGAGUCGACUGAGGUCCAGGACGAGCUGAGCGAGAAGGUGGACAGACUGAAGGCAGAGCUCGUGGUCUUCAAGAGCCUGAUGAGUGAUCAAAUGUCUGACCUGGACACCAAGAUCCAGGAGAAAGCCAGGAGGGUGGACAUGGACAUCUGCAGGCGGAUCGACAUCACAGCCAAACUGUGCGAUGUGGCGCAGCAACGCAACUCGGAGGACAUGUCGAAGAUGUUCAGCGUCAGUCCGGCCAGGUCGCUCCCAGAGAAGGGCGCCAUGGCCUGCUGCAGGAAGAAAGAGCGUAAAGCGGUUUCCGAUGAAGAGAGUUCAGAGAUGGAUGCAGAGCCCAGCAUUUCAGAGGAGGAGGAGGUUGCUGAGUCGCUCAACAUCACGGACGAAAUGAAACGCAUGCUCAACCAGCUACAUUGUUCAGAUAACUCCUUUGUUGCCAGGCGCGAGACGUUUGAAAUCGACGACGACUGCGACAGCCUGACGUGGGAGGAGAACGAGCAGACUCUGCUGCUGUGGGAGGACUUCACCAACUACAACGUGCCGUGCGCCAUCACUGCAACAAACUGCACAACCAACGGCAACGGCAACGGCGAAGCAGCUGAUCCCGACUCCCAGGAUGGAAGCCUUGGCAGCCUCAUUGAUGAAACAGAGUCACUAUUUAAGACCAGAGAGCAGGAGUACCAGGAGACCAUCGGCCAGAUCGAGAUGGAACUGGCCACAGCGAAGAGUGACAUGAACCGACAUCUGCACGAGUACAUGGAGAUGUGCAGCAUGAAGCGAGGCCUGGACGUGCAGAUGGAGACGUGUCGUCGGAUGAUUAAAGGUGGCAGGAACUCUCCCUCUAUCAGCUCUGUGGCCAGCAGCGACUCAGGGAACACAGAUGAGAUCCAGGACGAGAUCUUGGACAAGGACGCAGAGGCUGAAGUCUCCGUUAGUUGUCCCGUCUCCUCCUGACCACCGUUCGUUAUCACAGGGGUUAAAGGUGUAUGGAGCUCCACCCUGCUCGAGGUGGACCAACUUAAAUCUGGGCCUGUUUGACCUGUUAUAGUUCAUGUUCACUGAGGCCCAGAACUGGUGCUUUUAUACUAUUUCUGUUGUUUAGAGCGUGGUUGGGGGGAGGGGCUGUCUUUGCUUUACAAAGAGAAAAAGGGUGCGUAUAGAGUCCGAGCUGUGUUUUCUUCCUCACUGCUGCCUCACUGGAUUCUUGUCCAGAGCUUCACAUCAUUUUUGACGGAGAGAAAAAAAUAUUCUCAAACGUUUUAAACUGGCUGAGAAAUUUUCUACAAAUUCUUACCCAAUUAAAGUCCUUUUUUUCGAAAGGAAUUGAAAAUAGUACAUAUUGUGCUUCUUGUUCGGUGAACAAUAAAUAUAUUCACACACACACCAAAAAAAAUGCAUUCAUCUUUUGAUCAAUUUUAUGAUUUUAGAGCACUUCCCCUUGAUUGGAAAACUGUUUUGUUUUUGUAUUAUUUAAGUCCCGGUCGUGUGAUUUGCGAUCCAGAGUGUCUCCUGCCAAGGAGUCAAAACAACGAGCGGAGACAAAUGGUGUUGGAGUUCUGUUGGUUUCUGGGGGAAUUCUGCAGGGUUGCCAAAGUUGACAGAGGAACGGAGCACAGCCUUUUGAUGCAUCAGUGCACUACUGAAGUUCUAUGCAAUUUAGCUGGCCUUAUAUUUUCAGACUGGCUUUCACCCUUCAUCGGUUCUCUUCAAAUACAAUUAGCCUUUUCAGCAAAGCAGGUGUUUUCUAUGUAUCAUUUUGAGACAUCUUGUUUUUUUUGUGCGUUUGAGUGUGAAACAAUCUUAGUUUGGGACAUUUGUUUUGUUGUGGACAUCAACAGUAAAAACUGGAACAGCGCCCCCUAAAGAAGGGACGAAUCACGACAAUAACAUCAGCGCUUCUUGCUACAGAAAUAGUGCAUUGCUCUGACUCAGAUGUAUUUUACAGGGGAAAGAUUGUUCUCAGCUUGUGCAGUUUAUUUUGAGCACAUAAAGACAUCUAAGACAUAUCAUCUGAAACGACUAAAAUACUGUAGUUUUAAUGAAAGAAAUCAAAGCCAAACAAGGCUCUGAAACCUCAUAAGCAAAGCCAAAGGAAACAUAUUUUACACAAGUAUAAUGAUUAAAUAUCGUAAUUCAGAAUAUCAUUACAGAAAUCUUCCUUUGAUGUGGUGUAAUUAUUAUUUCCUGCUGUCCUGCAGGGGGCUCUGUUCCAGACAAGCGGCACAUCCUGCUUUGUCUCUCCUGAACCGGGGCUGGACUGUAGUGUCAGACUGUACAUAGAGAGCUGUAGGCAUGUGAUCGUACACCCCAGAGGCCUUUUUUUGUUGGUAUUGGUCUUUUGAAACCGUUUGAGAUGUCUAGCAGUUUCAGUGCUUCCACUGGAUAAGUGCUGAAACUGACCAACGCAUGGGGACAGAGGAGAUCUUUUUAAUCACCUCUUUGUAUUAUAAUGUAUGUACAGUUUGCUGGAUCAAAGAUUUAAGUGCUACUUCUUUCUUGGAAGAUUCACAGAAGCAGAAUGUCAAAAUACAGGCCUUUUCUUGUUUCAGCAUGUUACUGCAGAGGAAAAGGAGAUAUGGGUCCUUUUUUUCUUAUAACUUUAUUUUUUUUAACUAAAUAGCUGCAAUGCAGACUGUGUGCCACGUUUUUAAUCAAAAUGAUAUCUAUCUUAAUCAUUGAUUCAUUUGUGGCAGAAGAAAUGUAUUUUUCACAGAUUACUCUGUGUUAACCAAUGUUAAUGUUGCCAUAUUCAGCUUUUAUUAUAUUUUCAGGAGUAGCAAACUUCUUUCAGAUGUUUUGACGAUAGCAGAUCACCCCUGGUAAAAACAAAUUGAUUAUAUCGGACAAGAAUGAGGAACAUAGAGAACGUAACAUGCAUUUUUGUUUGACUUGAUGUAAAACCAGUCUGAUCAGUAACUAAGAGCCAUACUUUUGUCGUUACUGUACUUUUCAGCUGUGACAUCACACACAUUACUGAUUGUAUGGUUGUAACAUCCACAAACAGCAGGUCUAACUAGAGCGCAUACCUCCACCAAGGCCCAACAGUCUCAUUUAAAUUGACCAGAUCCAGAUUUAUAUUUUGAUCGGCCUUAGUCCCAUAAACAUGCCAGAUUAUUUUCAUCAAUAUCCAUGAAUUAUUAUCUGAGAAUUCUGGAUCUGGAUCCACACCAAAAUGAAAUGGGUUCUUUCCUGACUCAUACCACAUCCUUCCACCAACAUUCGUAUUGUUCCGUCCUGUAGUUUUUGUGUAAUCUUGCUCACAAACAAACAUAAUGUCCUUGGCGGAGGUAACAACACAACACGCUGUCUCUCACUUCACUGAGCGUCACACUAACCAGCCAACCAAAGCAAACAUGUACAGUAACAUACGACAACGAUGUAAAUCAAGCUAUGAAUUCCUACUAACUCAGUCUCAGUGUUUGUACAGCCCUGCCACACAUGUUUGAAAUGUCCUGGUAAAACGUGUUGUCUUGCAAACUAUCAAACAUGUCAGUGUAUUAUCUCCUCUGUUCCAUCACUUGAAGCAGGUCACAUCCCAGUUGUGUUAUUCACAGAUACUGUAGCACUCCUCCUUGCUGAAUGUAGCUUCAUCGGAGACCUCCUCUAAAGACCUUACAAGUAAACGCUGAGCAAAGAAAAUGUAGCCGUUCAAAUCCAGGGAUAUAUGGUGCGCUGUUACUUUAACGGAGACCUUGGUACGUUUUGCUUUACUAAACGGGUUCUUACCAACCUACAGUAUGUGACCUAGGUGUAUGUAAAAUAGAUCCUGGUGGAUGUGAAUGUUUCAUACUAAAACGGUUUUAUACAAGUGGGUUUUAUCAGUGUUGACCUGGGACUAUAUGGUUGUGUUGACAUUUGGUUUUAUGUGUUCAUUUGCAUACAUGUUUGUCGUCGUUAUUGCCUUGACUUUUGAUUCCAUAAAUAUGAUGGGGAGAAGAAGAAAAAAAAAGGUGCAGCAAUACUUGUGGCCAUAUUUGGGUAGAAAUCUACAGACGUAUUUCAGAUACUGCUCUUUGUGUUUCAUUUGCAUCACAGGUUGAUCCAUGUAAGAGGUUAAUUUAAAUGGUUUCUUUUCUUUCUUUUUGGUUUAAACUACUGAUACUAUGUAUUUGUGUUGGUCUGGGGUAGAUCGUUUCAAAGUUAUGAAUGUAAUCAGUUGAUAUUGGGAAUAAAUGAAAUAAAAUGGUGGAUUGGA